AUGUCUUCUGCUGUUGCCAGUCAUAUAAGGAAGGUGCUUUGUAAAAAUCAGGGAUGCUUAGACUUCAACAGCCUUUACAAAAUGGUAAGGCUGAGCUACACUGUUGACGACCAGACACUUGUGAAUGUGCUAUCUGAUGGUUCUAGUUUUGUCAUCGUUAAAGGCAGUACGCCCAGUGCCAAUUCAAUCCUGAGCCCCGACAGCUUAAUAAUUGCGAAAACAUUGUUGCGGAUUUGUCAAAACCCGCCCGACAAAUGUGAGCAGUGUGAGACAUUGCACCUGUGCAGGUACUUUGUGUGCGGUGGUUGCAAAUAUGGGGACAAAUGCAAACACUCUCAUAAGUUGGAUUCUGCACACAAUUCUGCUCUCUUGCACAGAGCAGGCCUUCAGAAUCUUAAUGAAACAGAAUUAUUUCAACUUUUGCUCCAGAAUGACCCCCAGCUGCUGCCAGAGGUCUGUCCUCAUUAUAACAAGGGCAAUGGUGACCAUGGAUCCUGUAGGUUUAAGGCAGCCUGCACCAACCUCCACAUCUGCCAGCAUUUUUUACAGGAUGACUGUAAAUUUAGAGCUGAAUGUAAACGCGCUCACGCUUUUGACGAAAAAAGUACAAAAAUUCUGAGUGGCAAGAACCUGAGUUCAGCCAACAUUGACAUCAUCUACAAGAUUUACAAGAACAAGCUCCUCAUAACCCAUCACAAAGAGAAAACAGUCUUGAAGAUCCCUGAGAAAAAGGUGAAAGAGCAUCCUAAACAGUCAUCCAGCACCCCUAUCAGUGAUGCAGAUCGGAACGAAAUCUGUCUCUUCUUCAUCCGCAGAGGAUGCAGCUUCAAAGACAAGUGUGUUCGUGUUCAUCACCAUCUGCCAUAUAAGUGGCAGGUCUCGGGCUGGGAUAGAGGAACAUGGAAAGACUUAACUAAUGGGGAGGAGAUCGAGAAGGCCUUCUGCAAUCCAGCUUGUGACAGGAGCUCAGGGAACCCGUCUGUAGACUUCAAGUCAGUGACUUGUGGAGGGUCAUCGGUUCGUCGUCUGUCCACUGCAUCCUCUGUGACCAAACCUCCUAACUUCAUCCUGACCACUGAGUGGUGCUGGUAUUGGAAGAAUGACAAGGGAGGAUGGACAGAAUAUGGUCAGGGGGAUCCAAGGCAUAUGGCUACGAUCACUUCCCAAACUCUGGAGAAUGUUUACCUUGACUCUGGCAAUGAGAUUACCUUUACAGCUGCCAAGGAUAGUUACAAACUCUAUUUCAAAGGGAUGUAUCAGCAAAAUCUCAAAACCAACAAGACUAGACCUGUUCGGCGCAGGCCUCGCUUUGUCUCUGCUCAAGAUGUUGAGCACAAAUUGAAAAGGUAUGACUUCCAAGAGAACUCUGGUUCCUCCUCUGUAGACGUUCCUGAUGACUGGGACAAAGAAGCACUGCCAAGCUUCACUUACAAGACUGUUCCUCUGCCGCGCAAUGGGGAAAAGUUCAAGUGGGUGGCAGAUCAGUUUAAACGGACCAUGAGUGGGAGCACCAUCCGGAACAUUCAGAGAGUUCAAAAUCCUUCUCUCUGGAAGAUCUUCCAAUGGCAAAAAGAACAGAUGAUAGGGAAAAACAGAGGGAAGGAGGUGGACGAGCGCUAUCUCUUCCAUGGGACAGAUCAGUCUGUGGUGGACGCUAUCUGUGAGCAGAACUUUGACUGGAGGGUCUGUGGAGCUCAUGGGACAGUUUAUGGCAAAGGAAGUUACUUUGCCAGAGAUGCCUCAUACUCUAAUGGAUACGCUAAAACUAAAAACGGCAUAAAGAUGAUGUUCCUGGCUCAUGUCCUUGUUGGAGAUUUCGCCAAAGGAAACAGCGGUUACUGCCGACCUCCACAGAAAGCAGGCGGUAAUGGCUUCUACGACAGCUGUGUGAACAACGAACAAAAUCCAUCCAUUUUUGUCAUCUUUGAGAAAUGUCAAAUUUAUCCAGAGUUCAUUAUAGAGUACAGUUAA